AUGGCUUUGUCUUCCUCCCAGACGGCAGACUCUGUCAUUCAACACCUCACCGACGACACACAAAUAUCCACCACCUUGAAAUUCGUUGUCUCCAAUCUUCGAAAUUUCGUCACUACUCCACUCCAAUCAGACAACUAUGAUAUCUUGAAAUCUCAAAUCCAGAAAAUCCUUCGGGCGAAUGGGCACUUCUUGGAUCCAGCUUCUCGUUCUCCUCAGUUUCUGACGAACACCGACGGCUCUCAAUCUCUGAAUCCUCUUCAAACACAGUGGCUUCUACACGAUCAGAACCUCUCGGCUUCGAUCUGCUCGAUGAUAUCUUUAUCGGUCUUACCUUAUGUCAUAUCUUUAGACUCCACGACUGAUCUUUGGAAUGCCUUGGAAAACCGUUUUCAAGCUACUAACAGCGGGAUCUCUGCGGCGGGAUCCUCCGUCGACGCAGAAGAAAUUAUUCACCACAUUCUCAAUGGGCUUCCGCACUCAUAUCAGUCUUUCAAAACCGCUAUUCGUACAAUGCUCACUCCGCUCAGUUUAGAUCAGCUCUACCCUCUUCUUCUAAGUAAGGAGAUAAAUCUUGCUUCUGACGCAGCUCGCGCUCCUCCUAUGUCCGAUAAUGCUACAGCCUUGUUCACAUACAGAGGCCGUGGUCACCGGCCCAGAGGUCGUAACACCUCCAACAUGGCAUCUCAACCUCGCAAUCCUGCUACCGCUUCUCUGUACGUUCCACCUUCAAGAACGGGUAACACGGCUCUUCUGGCCAGUCCCGAAACUGCUCCGGCAAGCUGGUACCUGGACUAUGGCGCUUCUACUUACUUAACCAACUCUCUUGAUAAUCUUGCUAUCUCUCAAACUUACCAAGGCCAAGAGAAUAUCACCAUUGGCGAUGGCAGCUCCGUUGGCAUUGCUAACUCUGGGGCCGAAUGGUUUGGCGGAACGAAAAUAUCGCCAUAUAAUCGAAACGACCAGGACACUUCUCCUCACGGCUUCCGUUCUUUACGUCUACUAGCCCGAUGCAGCUCUUACCUCCGUCUAUCUCAUAAACAGGCUUCCGUCUCCGUCCACCAAAAAUCUAUCUCCGAUCGAGCUUCUUCACAAGACCAAGCCCAAUUACAGCCACCUAAAAAUCUUUGGUUGUGA